UCCAGCCAGGGGAGCCCUCUGGGGCUGGGGGGGGGGGGCGCUCCGAAGGCCUCCCAGGGGACGGGGACCCCGAGGGAGAAGCCGGCAUCUCGGGGCUUCACCGCUUUGCCCCUUGCCCGUCUCCUGUUCCCGAAAGCAUCCGGAGCGAGCCCGGGGCUCUCCUCCUGGCCUCCCCGGCUCGCUGCUCCGCAGACGGUUGAGCUGCAGCUCCCUCCUGGCCUCUCUGGCCUCCCCUUUUCCCCUCUCCAGCCUCGGGGGGGCGGGGGGUCUGACAGGCUAAGCGCGCGAGUGAAAUCCUUGGCUGGACUCGGACUCCAUGCGAUCGAUUUCACACCCAGGAAGUGCAUCUGUGUAACAGGAGGCUCUUCUCUGGCUCAGCUCCGGUAGCUCGUUUGAUUAGUUCCCGGCUCAUUCAUUGUGUUCUGCGUCGUGUAAUGAUCUAGAAUAGGAGCCUCUGCCAUUCAGGCAUUUCUGGUGACUUGCUGAUUUUAUUGCAUUUUAUACGUGUCAAAAGUAGUUUGGAGUAGGGAAAUGUGAUGAAUAGUAACAAAGAGCAAGACGUUUUUAAGUGGAGAGUGUUGACCAAUUAGUGCUGCUGGGUGCAAAGGGGUGGUUUCAGAAGUGCCAUGGGGCCCCUUCCCCCUGAGCAGCCAGCAAACUGCAGUCAUUUGGCCAAUCAUCGCAGGAAGGCAUGUGCUGUCCUGCCAGUCCUGGAAGUGGGUCAGAGGAGGAGGAGGCUUUCUCUCAAGCCCUUUUUCUUAGGGGCCAGCUGGGCAGAUUAGCCCAGUUGACUUCAGCUUGAUUUAGACUUGCGCACAACAUUUAUGCGUACCUGCGCUGCAGAGCGGUUGAUGGGUAUAAGCAUAGGCUGCAGUCGGGCCUACGACGCGCACGCCUCCCAAGCCUCGAGGAUGCCGUGCAUGGAGAUGCGCAUCCUGCUGAUUGGUUGGUCCAACUUCCUGUUGGGAGGCAGGCGAAAAGUAAGGGCAUUUGAGUGACAAAAAGGAGCAACUGGAGGAGAGACCUGCCAACGAAGUCAGCAGAUAUUGACAUUCGUAUGACGUAACAGAUAAGUACUACAAAACCCAGCAGGUAACAGUCAAUCUCUGGAAGGACUUUGGGGAAAGACCCAGGCAGGGGCAAAGAAAAGUCGAAGCUCAGACUGCCACACUUGUGCUUUGCUGCUUGCCGGAAGGGGAACGUUGGCAGACGUGUGAAGGCCGGGGCUCUGCAGCAGCGCCUGCGUUGCCCAACGUGCAGUGAGGCUGAAGUCUGAAUCGAGCUUCAGAGCUGAUGCAGAGCUGAAGAAUUUAUUUCACAAAGGGCAGCCUCGUCUUUUUCUCUAGGGCUGACCCAUGGGGCCUUCAUUGUCUGACGCCAUUGGAGUGAAGCCCAUCAGAACAGGAUCUGUGCGCCUCUCUCGAGAGCUUCACUGAAUUUGUUAUGCAUCCCCUCCCCCCACCCUUCAACCAGGUGGUUCCUGACUGCGCUUGAGACCCCCCCCCGAGAGGAGGUCCUCCGCAGGGGGUGGGGAUUCUCUGUUGUGCUUCUGAAGUCCAAGUCUCCGUCUGGCUGUCCUCGGUUUUAGUCACCCCUGAAUUCCGGAUGCUGCCAUUCCCCCACAGUCCCCCUUGGGGUCAAGAUCAUUCAGCCCAUCUGCCUUCCUCUGGAGUUGAGAAUUUCCUGAGGGGACCCAGCUGGUCAGAUUAUAUCCUCACCAAUGCCCCCCCUCCCCAUUUUAUGUGCCUCCUUGAAAUGUCUGCAGUCCCAUCGCUUCAGCUGUAUGUGGGAAGCUGCAAGUGCCGGGUGGGGCCCAGAGAACAGAUGCGCAGUCAGCCCAGGCCCUCGACUGAUCCCUGGGCUAGAACCGGGAAAGGGCCUGCAGUUUGGGCCGGUGGCUCCUGCGGUGGCAAAGCAGCCCACCUGCCAACCCUUUUCUGCCAUGACAGGUUUGGAAGGUGGUCCCCGUUUCUAGCGAGAGAGCUGGAUCUCCCAAGAGAUGCCGCCCCCCCCGGACAUAGUCAAGGUGGCCGUGGAGUGGCCUGGCGCCAACGCCCAAUUGCUCGAGUUUGACCAGAAGCGGCCCCUGGUCUCCAUCAUCAAGGAAGUCUGUGACGGAUGGUCCCUGCCUAACCCUGAAUACUAUACACUACGCUAUGCCGAUGGAGCACAGCUCUACAUAACGGAACAGACUCGUGGUGACAUCAAGAAUGGGACCAUCCUCCAGUUGGCGGUUUCUCCAUCCAGGGCUGCUCGCCAACUGAUGGAUCGGACCCAGUCCUCCACCUUGGAGGGCUGCCUGGAGGCCAUGAAGGAACUGGCCAAGCUCUCGGCAGAUAUCACGUUCGCCACUGAGUUCAUCAACAUGGAUGGCAUUGCGGUGCUGACCCGGCUGGUGGAGGGCAGUUCCAAGCUCCUCUCUCACUACGGUGAGAUGCUGGCCUUCACUCUGACUGCCUUCUUGGAGCUCAUGGACCACGGCCUCGUCUCCUGGGACACAGUCUCCAUCAGCUUCAUCAAGCAGAUUGCGGGGUACGUGAGCCAGCCGACGGUGGAUGUCUCCAUCCUGCAGCGCUCCCUGGCCAUCCUGGAGAGCAUGGUACUGAACAGCCAAGUUCUCUAUCAGAAGAUCGCGGAGGAGAUCACAGUGGGGCAGCUCCUCUCCCACCUCCAAGUCUCCAACCAGGAGAUCCAGACGUACGCAAUAGCAUUGAUCAACGCCCUCUUCCUGAAGGCUCCCGAAGACAAGAGGCAGGAGAUGGCAGACGCCUCCGCUCAGAAGCAGCUGCGUUCGGCCAUCCUGACGCACGUCAUCCGAGGGAACCGCCCCAUCAAAAGCGAGAUGGCCCACCAGCUGUACGUGCUGCAGGUCUUGACUCUCAACCUCCGGGAGGAGCGGAUGAUGACAAAAAUGGACCCCAGCGACCAGGCCCAGCGGGACGUCCUCUUUGAGCUGCGCAGGAUUGCCUUCGAGGCUGAGGCCGAAAGCGGCGGUGCAGAGAAGCGCAAGGCCAUUUAUACCAGGGACUACAAGACACUGGGCUUCACGAACCCUGUCAAUCCUGCCCUGGACUUCCUUCAGACCCCCCCAGGCAUGUUGGCCUUGGACAAUAUGCUCUACCUGGCCAAACAUCAUCAGGAUGCCUACAUCCGAAUCGUCCUGGAGAACAGCAGCUCAGAGGACAAACACGCCUGCCCCUUUGGCCGCAGUGCCAUUGAGCUCACCAAGAUGCUGUGCGAGAUCCUGCAGAUUGGAGAACUUCCCAACGAGGGCCAGAACGACUACCACCCCAUGUUCUUCACGCACGACCAGGCCUUGGAGGAGCUCUUCGCCAUCGGCAUCCAGCUGCUGAACAAAACCUGGAAGGAGAUGCGGGCGACAACCGAGGAUUUCCACAAGGUGAUGCAGGUGGUGCGGGAGCAGAUCACCCGGGCACUGCCUGCCAAGCCACCCUCCCUGGACCAGUUCAAAGGCAAGCUGCGCAGCCUGGGGUACUCGGAGGUCCUGCGCUUGCGCCAGUCGGAGCGGAUGAGCCAGGAUGACUUCCAGUCCCCGCCCAUCGUGGAGUUGCGGGAGAAGAUCCAGCCAGAGAUCCUGGAGCUCAUUAAGCAGCAGCGGCUGAACCGCCUCUGCGAGGGGAGCAGUUUCCGCAAAGUAGGCAACCGGAGGAGGCAAGAGCGCUUCUGGUACUGCCGACUGGCCCUGAAUCACAAGACACUCCACUACGGAGACCUGGAGGAGAACGCCCAGGGAGGGGUGACCUUGGAGUCACUGCAGGAGAAAAUCCCCGUGGCAGACAUCAAGGCCGUCGUUACCGGGAAAGAAUGCCCGCACAUGAAGGAGAAGGGGGCACUGAAGCAGAACAAGGAGGCCCUGGAACUGGCUUUCUCCAUCCUUUAUGACCCGGAUGAGACCCUGAACUUUAUCGCGCCCAAUAAGUAUGAGUUCUGCAUCUGGGUCGACGGCCUCAACGCCCUGGUGGGGAAGGACAUGGGGAGCGAGCUGACCAAGAGCGACCUGGACACGCUGCUCAGCAUGGAGAUGAAGCUGCGCCUGCUGGACCUGGAGAACGUCCAGAUCCCGGAGGAGCCCCCGCCCGUCCCCAAGGAGCCCAGCAGCUACGACUUCGUCUACCACUACGGCUGAGCCCCCCCGGACUGGCGUCGGCUGGACCUGGCGCGCUCCCCACCGCACAUUAAAGCUCGGUUCCCCCCUCCA